GCCAAUCCUCUCUUCAAGGUUUAUUUUUUUCCAGAUGUCAAGAUACAAUCGACCAAUUUGAUCUAAAACCCUAGUCUUCCCCCAUGCGAUAACAACUCAAUUGCUUGAAGUUCCCGCUUCACGCGCUGUAUCCAAGCCUCGUCCACCGGAAAGUUAAAAUCCCAUCUCUCUGUUCGUAAACCCCUCCCCCUCCUUUCCCUUCGCCGCUUUCUCUGUAAGCGCAUAUGUAUACCUAGCUAGCUAGCUUAGCUAGGUUUCGCCUGCGUAGAAUGGAGUUCAAUUUUCGAGCCACCGCCGGGCAAGCCUCGACGCAUCCCCCUCCGAGUUCAAGGUUCGGUUACUUCACUGAGCAAGCCCUACGAGCGGGCUAUUUGGGCCCUGAUGACCGGCGAAUGAUGGAGUCCUUUCGGAACCCUAUCGAUGUGCGCGAAGCGGUUCGGAGGGAGAUCGAGAAGGAGAAGAUAAGAGAAGAGAUCAUCGCCAAGGAGAUCGCGCGGAAGCGGUUGCUGGAGGCGGAGGUGAGGAGGGAGAUGAUGGUGGAGAGAGAGAUGGCGCUGCGCAGAGGGGAGCGGUUCCCGCUUUUGUCUACCUCUGCCCCGGCCUCAGGACAGUUCGAGCCAGGGCUACCUCAAUUGCAUUAUCUGUCGACGAGUAGAUCGAUUGAGGAGAGGCUGGCGCUGUCGCUUCAGGAGAGGCUGCCUUAUGAGGGCCGCCGCGGUAUCGGGGGAUUCGAGAUGGCGCCGUUUCAGCGUGCGGAACCAAAGAUUUCUCAAGGCAAAAGCUCCUCCGAAGAGAAGAUGGAUUUGGCAUUGGAGCUUCAGGGGUACCACCCUCGCGGUGUGGUUGGGGGCUUGGGGGCGCUUCCCUUUCAGCGCAGCAGCUCUGAACUUAAGAUGAUAUCGGAGGUGGUUGGCAAAGAGAAGAUCGUUUUCCUGGCUAAGCCCGAGGGCAAUCCUUCUGGAACAAAGCGUAAAGCUGUGACACUGCCAGUUCAAGGUGAUAGUGAGCUUCCUCUAGCUGCUUCAAAGAAGAAAGUUAAACAAGAGUGGAAUUGUCCAAUCUGCCAGGUGACUGCCACAAGCGAGCAAUCUUUGAAAGAACACUUUGGAGGGAGGAAACACAGGUCCAGGAUAGGACAAACGUCCCAGGAGACAGCCAAGAACUAUGCCAUUGGAUUUUCCCCAAAGAAUUCUGGGAAGCCCCCUGGUAAUCAGAACCCGAAGCACGAGGAAGGGGAACUCGAGCAGGUUAAAAAUACAGGAGAGGCAAUAUUAUUUAAAAAAUCAAAUUCAGAUGUAAAGAACAAGAACUCACAGGAAGCUGGACGUCAGAAGUUUAGUUUCUGGUGUGAGUUGUGUCAGGUUGGAACCUACAGUAAAAAAGUGUUGAGUCUUCAUAAGAGGGGUAAGAAACAUGUGAGACGGCUUCAACAGCUUAAUCAAAGUGGUUCCUCUGCCCAUGUGGGUAAUGCUCCACGCAAGGGGAACAAAGGAGAAACAGAUAUAGAAGAAGUUGUGGCAAAAGAGAUAAAAGAAGAUGAAAUUGUAGUAGUUGUGGAAAAAGAGAUGAAAGAUGAGGAAGGUGGAGAAAUAGGUCCAGGAGGAGAGAUUAAAGGCGAGAAAGAUGGAGAAGUUGUACCAGCAGAAGAGAUUAAAGACAAGAAAGGUAGAGAAGUUAUUGUGAUAGAGAAAGAUGGAGAAGUUGCGUCAGAAUAGAUUCAAAAAGAAACAGUGGACAAUGUUGCUGAUGAGGCAGCAGAGGAUGCGGCUGUUGACUCUAUAAACUGAUCGAUGAGAUGAGGCUGAGGAUGGACAUGCUAAAGAGAAACCUUAGAAACUGCAUUUUGUUAUUUUCCCAAUCCCUAAUUUAGAUGUGAAAAGUCUCUAAUCUAUUAUCUAUCCUCCCUUUUUAACUCUUUUCAUUAUCGUGACAUGUUUCAUCUC